GGCGACGACUGUACAUUUAAGGAAAUUCAACUCACCUUCAACUCUCUCUCUCUCUCUCUCUCUCUAAUUCUUUGCAUCUGAUUUUGAAUUUUUAACCCGCACUCAAUGCUGCUGUUGGGUUAGAGUUAAACUCGAUAUGUUGGCGAAUUCCGCGAUUUCCAGUGGUAUCGAUCUUUUGAGUCUAGUUUUGUAAUCGCGAACGAAUUGAAGUUCAGAUUAGCGGUGCAGAGGGAAGAUGAGUGCGUCGAGGUUCAUAAAAUGCGUCACCGUCGGCGACGGCGCUGUUGGUAAAACGUGCUUGCUCAUUUCAUACACCAGCAACACAUUUCCUACUGAUUACGUCCCGACUGUAUUUGACAAUUUUAGCGCCAAUGUUAUUGUCGACGGGAACACUGUUAAUCUAGGGCUAUGGGAUACGGCAGGGCAGGAGGAUUACAAUAGGUUAAGGCCGUUGAGUUAUCGCGGCGCCGAUGUCUUUAUUCUUGCAUUCUCCCUUAUUAGCAAAGCUAGCUACGAAAACAUUUCGAAGAAGUGGAUUCCAGAGCUGAAGCAUUACGCUCCCGGAGUUCCAAUAAUUAUUGUCGGAACCAAGCUCGAUCUUCGGGAGGAUAAACAGUUCUUUAUAGACCGCCCUGGCACUAUACCAAUCUCGACUGCGCAGGGCGAGGAGCUGAAGAAAUCAAUCGGUGCAGCAGCGUACAUCGAAUGCAGCGCAAAGACACAACAGAAUGUAAAGGGUGUGUUCGAUGCGGCAAUCAAGGUUGUUCUUCAGCCGCCGAAGCAAAAGAAGAAAAAAAACAAGGGGCAGAAAGGGUGCAGUAUACUGUAAAGUGGUAAGGUUCUAUUGAUUCUUAAUUAUGUCAUAUCCAAAUUGCAGCCUGCCCUUCUUCCCCUCGGUAUUUCUUACUUUCUUUGUUGCUGUACAUUAUAUUAUAUUACAUUACAUUACAUACCUUCCUUGGGAGUUAUUAAUGAAUGAGUAUGGGUACGAGUA